GUGUUGUAGACAGUUUUCUACCGUAAUUUGUCCAACCGGUGUCGCGCAAUUUGCAGAAUCACCAUGGCGUCUGUGUUGAGAGAAACUGCAGGGCUUUAUGAUACAUUAAAAACUGAAUGGAAUAAGAAAAACCCUAACUUGAAUAAGUGUGGUGAAAUCCUGACUAAACUUAAGAUCUCUCUUUUGGAGUUGAAUUUCCUUCCGACCUCAGGGACCAAGCUCACAAAACAACAGCUCAUUCUUGCGCGAGAUGUGUUGGAGAUUGGAGCUUUGUGGAGUAUCCUGAGGAAGGAUAUUCCCUCGUUUGAACGAUACAUGGCUCAACUCAAGUGCUAUUAUUUUGACUACAAGGAUGAAUUGCCCGAGUCAGCCUACAUGCACCAGCUAUUGGGUCUGAACUUGCUCUUCCUACUCUCUCAGAACCGUGUGUCUGAGUUUCACACAGAGUUGGAGAGGCUCAGUGCUAGAGACAUUCAAAGCAAUGUAUACAUCAGACAUCCUGUUUCUCUUGAGCAGUACUUGAUGGAGGGAAGUUACAAUAAGGUCUUUCUUGCCAAAGGAAAUAUCCCUGCAGAGAGCUAUACAUUCUUCAUUGACAUUCUGCUCGACACUAUCCGUGAUGAGAUAGCUGGCUGCAUAGAGAAGGCUUAUGAACUCAUCCAGUUCAAUGAGGCCACAAGAGUACUGUUCUUCUCCUCACCUAAGAAGAUGACCGAGUAUGCUAAGAAGAGGGGUUGGACACAGAGUUCUGAUGGAUACUAUUCGUUCAGCUCCCAGCAGCAAAAAACAGAGGAGGUGACAAUUCCCUCAGAAGAAUUAGCCCAGCAGGUCAUUGAGUAUGCGCGACAGCUGGAAAUGAUUGUGUAGUUUGAGAUUGCAUGCAGACUUUCCCUCAUUACGCACACACAGACCCAUACACAAACCUAGACAUACAUAUAGGCAUAUGUACAGUCAAACUUGGACAUGCCUUUACCCCUUAUUGAUGAACAGAUGUGGACCCACCAGGCUAUAUGUAUACACCCAACUACAGUUAGCUAGAUUGUGCUGCAGUACACGGCCUGUAUAAAAAGACCAACUCAUUAACAUACUUUUCUACACACUUGUGCCUGCCUGAGUGUGUUGUGGUAUUAAAUCUGUUAGUCUGUUUGUUUGUUUAUAUGCCCAUGUACUAGGUCACAAGGUAAAUAAUAAAGUUUAAGAGUCACAGUAGCUCUUGAUUUGAGAUACUCUUUUGACAGCCAACAUGCAUACUUUAAACAAACCAGAUAACUCUGAAUUAAAAGUCUGUGUAGUAGUGUUUGUCUUUCCAUACAAAUGGCCACUAUGGGGUGUAAAAUCUGCCAUUGUAACGGACAGCAAAUUAUGGAAAAGCAAACUUGUUUAAGUGUCUCACACCACCUUAAGUUUGUUCAAUUGCAGCCACUCUUACCUCAUUUGUAUUUAAGUGUGGUGAUUGACAUCUGGAAAUGCUUGGCAAAGGACACUUCAUGACUGACUACAUGAUUUUCAGGUUCAAACAUGGUUAGACACAAAGGGCAACUCAUUCUAGUUGUUCCAUAUUUGGCUCUGGAGUGUAAGCAGAAUCACUCCAUUCCAAUGCCCUUGCCUUGUUUCCUAGCAACUGGCAGAGAUUUGCUGUGAAAGUUUGUGUUGUGUUUUUUUUUAAUUUUUAUUAUUAAUUGAUAAUUUCUUAGACCCUUUCAUGGGUUGUACAGCUAUUGAUCUGAGAAAUGCAAAUGGUUAUUUCUUCAGUGGUCCCAGGUUGUGCCCGUUCAUAAUAAAACUUUUUCCCCCUGA